AUGAAACUAAUCCUAAUACUCUGUGCUGUUCCAGUGGCCUAUUCCGGAGUAAUUUGGGAGGACAAUUUCGACAAUUUGGACAGGAAUAAAUGGAGUUUCGAGAGAGGCAACAAUAAUGGCUGGGGAAACGCGGAACUCCAAUGUUAUACGGACCGAAAUGAGAACGUGAGAGUCGAAAAUGGGCACUUGGUGAUCGAGGCGAGAAGAGAAAACCUGGAUGGAUGCGCUUUCACGUCAGCGCGGAUGAUUACUCGAGACAAAUUCGCGUUCCGGUAAGAAAUUUACAAGCCAAGUCCCCAAAACGGCCAAAAAAAGUCUCCGCCGAGCCUUCGCCGAUGUGAAACAUCAGCCAAGCUGCCGAGACUGUUGUGGAGCGUCAAACGUCUCCACAAUUCCCACAGAAGAAAUUAGCAUAAACCAAGUCAUAUAAAAGCAACGUCUCGUCACCAAUUAUCAUAAUUAAUCCCAUUUCUCUUUCCUGUGUGCGGUGGUCUAAAUAAAACCCUAUUCUAACUCGUGUCUACCAUGCCAUCUACCUAUCCACCUUUGACACAACACUUCAGAGACCAACAGACUAGGUCCUUCCUGGGCCCAAUGCGCUAUCUGAGAGUUUGCUGAAAGUUGGCUGAAAAUGGUAGGGCGCAGCUCGGAAAACAAGGUUUUGCAGCUCGCCCGAGCUAAGUUUCAGCUGGUUUUCGAGCUGCGCCCAAGACGCGAGCUGCGCAAAUUCUCCGAGCUGCGCCCUAUGAUUUUGAGCAAAAUUUCAGAUAGCGCAUUGGCCCCAGAUGUGGCAAAGCUAAUUUCAUCCGUAGUAGAAAAGUCUGGGCUUUGUAACGAGGUGUAAUUUUCAAAAAAAAACCAUCAAAUGUCUCCGCCGAAAAACGGUCUCUCCGCCGAGACAAGGAAAAAUUCUUUUGCAUUUUGUAAAAACGCACGACUUCAAAUUUUCAAUACGACUUAAGUUUAGAUAGAUGCAAGCAGCACAACGAUAUAAGCAAAAAAUUUGACCAAAAUUGACAGAUGAUCACCUAAAGUAAUAUCCAUUUUACCAACGAAUCACAUCAACAGGGGCUCUGAAUUUUAUCUCAAUAGAAACUGCAUGAGGCCGGCUUUUAUUCGCAACACAAUCCUUAGGCUUAUCUUUCUCGCUGCCAUCGCUAGAGACCAAAAGUUAAAGGACUAUCUUAAAGUUUAAAGAUAUGGACUAGAAGCGUUUUCUCUGCCCUCUUGACCAUAAAAAGCUGUUAAAAAUCCCGGUCGCAGCUUCUGUAUGCUAACCAAGCCGUCGCAAGCAACUUUACUCUUUCAGCUACGGCACCAUCGAAGCCAGAAUCAAGCUGCCGAACCUGCGAAACGGCCUGUGGCCCGCGUUCUGGAUGCUCGGCGCUGAGAACCCGACCUGGCCCGACCAAGGCGAGAUCGACAUCAUGGAAGCCGGGCCCGCUGAGGCUAUUGCUGCCGGCACCGUGAACCGUAAAAUCUUGGGGACCUUUCAUUGGAACCAUAAAGGCCAACAUGCUCAGUAUGGCCGGGAAUUGCUAUUGCCGUUCGACAUUACCGCCGAUUUCCACAACUACAAGCUCACGUGGAGCCCCACCGAAAUCCGCAUGUACUUCGAUGGCCAAGAGUACAUGGUGUUCGAUACGCGGCCACUGCCAGUGUUCCAGAAACGCUUCUACUUUGUGUUGAAUUUGGCGGUAGGAGGGAAUUUCCCCAAUAUCCAUGAUCCCAAUGGAAUUACGGCGCCUUUACCGGCUCAAUUGCUCGUUGAUUAUGUGCGGGUUUCUCGGUGA